UUACAUUUAGGGUUAAAUCCUGUUAUUCUGUUGAUUUUAGAUUAAAUGUGUUCUAAUGGUUUAAACAGCCCAGAAAACAGGCGGCGGUGAGAGGAGAAGCAGCGCUGGGGCUCUUCCUGUUACGUGGAUGUGGGGGAGUGUACGAGUUAAACGAUGUAAACAAGAACGGGCAGACGGAGAGACGGAGCGAGAGACAGACAGUUAGACACACAGACAGAAAGAGGGAGAGAGGGAGAAAGAUAACGCUGGAUCCGCCGCCGUGAAUCUCAGCGUCCCUAUCCUACCGAUUACUCCCCCCACCCAGUCCCGGCUGAAGACGAUGAAUCACCCCGUCACCGUUAAAGUGAAUUUCCGAGGCAGUGUGAAGAAGUUGCCGGUGGUGGACGCGGAGAAGGCGCAGUGGGAGACGGUGGAGGCCUGGAUUAAAACGACUUUUGGAUUAUGCCAUUUUCAAGUGAAGUAUUUUGACGAGGACAACGAAGAGAUAUCCAUAAACAGUCAAGAUGAGUAUAUGGAGGCUCUGAAGAGUGCAUUUAAGCAAGCCAACCAGCUUCACAUGAACGUGUAUAAGAUGAAGGGCCAGGCUGAAGGUGGGGCUGUUAAGGCGGAAGGUAAAGAAAUCAAAAUAGACCCCAGACCUGCUCCGCCAUAUCGGGCCAGAGUAAAAGUGGCCGACAAGGAAACACAAGUGACCCCUGAGCGGGACUCGGUGGUUGUGAAAGAAAACAAAGUGACCAAAGUUGAAGAGGAGGCAGUCCCUGCAUGGUUCAAAUCUUACAUGGACAGAUUUAAAGAUCAGGUAGUGAGGGAAGUGGUAGACAGGAUGUGUAGUGAGUUUACUGGCCAGUGCUGCACACACAGAGCAUCUGACCAUCCCUCAGAAGAGCCAAGCACUUCUGGUGCUCAAAUGGCCACAGUCAGUUCCACAACACCAAGAACAUCAAACUCAACACCUAACUGCAGCAGCUGCAAGGGUCCAGCCACUGGGGGUGGAUAUCACUGCAGUGUUUGUCCCUCUUGCAUCUUGUGUGAGCCAUGUAGUCACAAACAUGACCCUAGUCACAACUUGAAGAGAACAAGAACCCCCUUGUCUGUUCCGGAGAGAGGAGUCACUCCAGAACCCAGGUUCUUGAGGCGCGGAGACCGGACUGUGCGUAAGGCUGAGAGACAGCGUCUAAAAGCCGAGCGGAGACAGCUGAAAGCUGAGGUGAAGGAGAUCAAGAAAAAGCUGCGGCUGGAGAAGAGAGGUCUGCUGUGGAGUGGAGCCACCAAUGGCACUAGCAGCACAGGUCUCGGUCCUGCUUCUGCUCCUGCUCCUGCCCCUGCACCUGGUCCAGUUCCAGCCCCGGGCUCAGACCCUCAGGCCUCCAGUCCAGAGGGUCCCAAGGUCUCCUGCUCCACCUUGGUGCCCACAAUGACUGCCUUGUUUCUGGAUGAGAAUCUACCAGACGGCACAUGUCUGGAGCCUGGCACCAAGUUCAUCAAGUACUGGAAGAUGAGGAAUACUGGCAACAUCAACUGGACUUCUGAGACCAAGCUAAAGUUCAUGUGGGGAAAUCUGGCACUGGAGUCUCGGGAGCAGAAAGAGGUGGCAGUUCCCUUUUUAAAGCCAGGAGAGGUUGGUGUGGUGAGUGUGGCUUUCGUGGCACCGAUACUGGAAGGCACCUACACCUCCCACUGGCGUCUGGCACACUGCGGAGUGCAGUUUGGCCCCCGAGUGUGGUGCAGCAUUGUGGUGGUGCCCAGUUCAGGCCAGAAACCCAGUUCCCACUGCAGCAAGUCACUGAUGAAUAAACCCAAUAUGUUGGGAAUAGAAGGCAUGUGCUGGUCUGGCUCCAGAAACUGUGAAACUCAGGUGUCCUCCAGCUGUCAGAGAGAGUACUACAUUCCCUCUGUGGAUCUGCUCACUGCACAGGAUUUGCUGUCAUUUGAGUUGCUGGACAUAAAUAUUGUCCAAGAGUUGGAGAAAGUCCCAGCUAACACUCCAGUUGAUAUGACCCCAUGCAUGUCCCCUGUUCCUCAUUAUGGACCAGUGUUUGGAAAGCAUGUCUUGGGCUCGGUAAAACCAGACGCUGAACACACAAGGUCGAAAAAACUUCAAGUGGUGCAGCCUCAGAGACAUGUGGAGAAUGUAGAUGCUCAAACCCAUGAGGAGGGAGAUGAUGACAUCAGUGGAACUCAGUUUGUGUGUGAGACUGUGAUUAGAUCCCUCACUCUGGAGGAGGAGCCUGAGCACAAACCUCGACGCCAAGCUCGAGCGAGCCACAGUAAGCCUGAAGUUCAUGACCCAUCUACCUGUAAUGAGAGAUAUUUGGACAGAAUUGACAGACCUUACUUGACAAUUGUUAAGAGGCCAGAAGCUCCGCCCCCUGUUCAGCCGCCUGCUUUACUGGAGGAGCCUGUUAUCCCAGUCUUUUCAGAAGCACUGAUUGGCUCUAAUGAAAACCUUUACACUGACCCUGCUGCACUGGAUGAGGAGGAGGGGAAAAAAGAGGACCAGGAUAAGGAUGAAGAGGCAGGAGAGUGGGAUGAAGUGAGCAGCCAGGCGUCCUCUUCCUCCUCAGAGGAAUACAUUGUUGUCUUGCCAGACUGCUUUGAUACCUCGAAACCUCUGGCAGAUUCCAUGUAUAGCUCAGCCAUGUCCCAGCCUGGGACUACCUGCACUGGAGAACCUGAAGGAGCACUGGACCAAAGCACUGCAGAGGGGGAUACUUCAGAACCAACACUCUCCAUUCAAAACAGUGUGAACAGACUGCUGUGCACCUCUCAGAUCCUGAACACCCCUGCACUCGUUCCUGAGGUGGUACCUGUCUCUCUGUCACCACCCCCCACCCUUCGUACACACAGGUCUAUAAAACCUUGUGAGACUGAGAACAAACCACAGGACACAGAAGAGAACAACUCCAGUCCACCUGAGGACAACCUGGAUGGUUUCACAUCAACACAUAUGGAGGGCCCCGCCAGUGCCUUUGAUACAUGCGACUCUGAGGAUCCCAGGUUGCGUCAGGGCGGCCUGACUGAAGGGCUGGUGAAGGGGGCGCUCUCAGUGGCAGCGUCUGCCUACAAAGCUCUGUUCACAGGCCAGAGCAGCUCCAUGCAGCGACCCAGUGUGGACCCGGCAUGUGAAGAAGCCCAGUUGAUCGCUGUGCUACAGGAAAUGGGCUUCAGUGACAAGCUGCUAAACCAGAAACUGCUGAGAAAGCAUCAGUACAACCUGCUAGACGUGGUCAAUGAGCUGGUGCAGAUGACUGACAAUGAGUGGUACACAACAAGGCACUGAAGAGCACCAUGGCAGCCUUCUAUGUAACAAUAGUUACCUCGAUUGAAAUUGAUAUACGAUGUGUCUGUAAUAUAGGAAGUUGGGAACAUCAUUCUCUUUGAAUAUUAAACAAAAUCUGAUGUCAAGGGGUUGUUGUGUAUUGUAGGCACACAAUAGACUCUGAAAAGAGCAAUGACACCGCUCUCGGCUGACCGUUGAAUCAGCACUUGAUCACUUGAUUGUAAUCGUUUUCAGUUGUAUGUUUUAGGACAUUAUGAAUGGGAAAGCUAAGUAAUGGGUUUAUUUAUCUGAUCUAUCUAUUUUUCUUCAAGCAUAGUAAUGUUCUACACAGAAAAAAAGCUGUUUAUUGGAGGAUAUAAUGUGUUCAGUGCAGGCAUUGAGUUGCAAAGACCAGAGAAAGAAUGCCUUGGUUGUUAUGACUGGUUUUUCGAAACGUUCACAUUUGAAAGUCUGUUGUAAGAUAUAUAAGAACACCUUCAGUAUGUUGAUUGCUCUUUGUCACAGUGACCUCUAUAAUCUCUUAUUCUGAAUCACACUAAUUGCCGUAAUGUUUAACACGUGUAACACUAAGGUGUUGAUUUUUCCAAACCAUUAGGAAUGUGCAAUGAGUUCUUGAAUCAUGCUUAAUAUAGCCAGUGAUUGGUAAAGGUUUUGCUAGGCACCAAUUGUUGGUUGUCCUCUGUGUACUAACAGUGUGAUCAUGGAGCUAAUGGCUUAAGUAAACGUGGCUCUUGGUGUCCAAUACAGCAAAUAAAACAUUCCAUAUAAAUGGGUAA